AUGGAAACCAUUGGUGAUAUGAAGAGCCACCAUGGUCAAGGUAUCGAAAAGGCAUCUAAAAAUGUAAUAAGAUAUGACCGUUCGGCUGCCUUUGGAAGCAGAGCAACAGGAAAAAUCAUACACCCAGAAGGACAGAUGUCUGUGAAGGAGGCAGACAACCUAGACCCAGGGUUAGUCAAUGUCAGUAGGCUGCCUAUGGGGAUUUCAAGACCAAUCUUCCAGGCAAGUCCCAUGUACCAGAACAAUAAGCAUCCAUCCCCUUCUCAAAUUUCUCAGUUCCAAGGAUUUCAACAGCUUAACAAAAUCACAUCAAACCAUUCAUCUACAGACAUAAAAACCUUUAACUUUCAAUUAUCUAAUAUGAGUAAUGAUAGCCAACAGGAGAAAAUUGGGAAUCCCCAACCAAAUAUGUCAAACUCCCGUCCACAAUUCAACUGCAUACAAUCAAUUCAAGACAAAAUGUCAGUGAGUAGAGCUGGUAUCUCUGUUCAGAUGACUCCAGAGAGAAUGACAGAAGCAGAAGAGAAAUCCUGCAACACAUGGAAGAAUAUUAGAAAAUCAUAUGUACAGAAAAAAAUGCCAGCUCAAAAAGUGCUUCAUUUUGCUCCUGAUCAAGCACCUGAAAGGAAAAAAACAAGCCCUCUCAAUCCUGCACAUGCCAUCCGAAAGUCACGGAUGAUCAAUGGUGUCCAUAUGCGGUCAUUUAGGGAUAGGGUGGCUAAUUUGAAUGCCACUACUUUGUCAUAUACUUUAAAAGACAGUAUCUUCAAAGAAGUCCAGAGAGAUUGGCCUGGUUAUAACAAGGAAGACAAGCAAUCACUGGAUUUUGUGCUUUCAAGGAAACUACAUCCAUUUAACAAUGUCACCAAGGCCACUCAUUGCAAAGAAACAUCUGUAGUUUGUAAAACAGAUGAUACAUCAUCCUCAAAGGAUCAUUUUCUCCAUUUAUCUGGUAUUGAUACUUUAAUUAAAAACAAAGGAGGACUCUGUUCCCCUAAAUCUGCUGUGCAGUUAGCAUCAAAUGGCCAUGUAAGCGGUGAGAAGUCAGUGAUUCUGCCAUGCUCUGCAGCUACUACCAAAUACAUCCCUUUGCCGUUGCCUACCUCUCACCUGCCAAUUUCAAAUUCACCAUUGCUCAUGAAAUCUAAUCGUAAUGUUCGAAGUGCUCUAGAAAGAUCUGAGAGUCAACAUGCAUGUGACAGCAUCCACCAUGAUGGCAGCACAGUUGAAAAAGAGAUGAAUAAAUGCACAUCUUCAGAAACCUCAUCCUGUGCUUCUGUUCAAAAAAAGCAUUCAAAACCUAUAGAAAUGCAGCAUUUCAUGCCUGAGAAGUUCAAAUGUACAUUUGCAAAGCGAAAAACAACCAUCCCAAAUUAUAUUACCAGCACAAAGGAGAAACCGAAGAUAGAUUUUAACAAACAAGAUGAAACUAUGAAGUCAAAUUCCAACAAAGAAAUUAAAAAAGCCUUUGCUGAUUCUGGAAGGUUUGGUACUACAUCUGGGACUCCAGAUUAUUUGUCUAAUUAUACCAUUAUAGUUUCCUCUGACCAACGUCAGUGUUAUGAGAAGGAAUUCCGGGAAGAUUAUAGUGAAUAUCAGGCCAUGUAUGACAAGAUUCAGAUUUCAUGUACACCAAUCAUUGACCUAGAUUCAGAAAGGAAGGGAUUAUCCCCAGGAUCCAAAGAAUACCAAGAUAUUACUAAAAAAAUCUCAAUAGAAUAUCAGAAAAUGCGACAGCUUAAUCCUAAAUUUUGCGAAGAAAAAAAUAGAUGUGUGUUUCUUUACAAUAAGCUAGUUCACAUUAAAAAAUUAAUAAAAGAUUUUGACCAGCAAGAAGUAAAGUCAACACAAUAA